GAGUCAAAGAACAGAGGAACCAAAAGGGUUUCUCUAUCCGGUCGGUCUUCGUUUUUCUUUUUCGAUUUUUAUUGGGAUUUUCAAGAUGGGUUCUUGUUCUUGUGUUCGUAGAGAAGACCAUCACGAGUUGUUGCAACAAAAGCAUUGUGUUUCGGUCCAUGGGCCUAUCAUAGUAGGUGCUGGACCAUCUGGUCUAGCUGCCUCUGCUUGCUUAUCUGAAAAUGGAGUCCCUUCAUUGAUUCUUGAAAGGAGUGAUUGCAUAGCCUCUCUAUGGCAAAACAGGACCUACGAUCGCCUCAAACUCCACCUCCCCAAACACUUCUGUGAACUGCCACUUCUGGGUUUCCCUAAGAAUUUCCCCAAGUACCCCACAAAGCGCCAGUUCAUCUCUUACAUGGAAUCCUAUGCUCAGCACUUCUUAAUCAAACCAAUAUUCAAUCAAUCUGUUGAGAAGGCUGAGUUUGAUCAUUCUUGCGGGUUUUGGAGGGUUCAGACUCAAGAUUGCGAGUACAUUUCAAGGUGGCUUAUUGUUGCUACUGGAGAAAAUGCAGAGCCUGUGAUUCCUGAAAUUCCUGGUAUUGACAAGUUCAAAGUCCCUGUUGUACAUACAAGUACGUACAAGUCUGGUUUUGAGUUCAAGAACCAGAGGGUUUUGGUUAUUGGGUGUGGUAAUUCUGGCAUGGAAGUUGGAUUAGACCUCUGUAGAUACAAUGCCAUCCCACACAUGGUGGUUCGAAACACAGUCCAUGUUCUACCAAGAGAGAUGUUUGGGGUUUCAACGUUUGGGGUAGCCAUGGCUCUUUUGAAGUGGCUACCAUUGAAACUAGUUGACAAGGUCCUUCUUUUGCUGUCCAGUUUCAUAUUGGGCAACACAGACGAAUUAGGUAUCCGGCGACCGAAAACCGGCCCGAUUGAGCUAAAAAAUGUCACCGGAAAGACUCCGGUGCUUGAUGUUGGUGCACUCUCACAAAUAAGAUCCGGGAAAAUUAAGGUUGUGGAAGGUGUGAAGGAGAUAACAAGAAAUGGAGCAAAAUUUAUGGAUGGACAAGAGAAGGAAUUUGAUUCAAUAAUCUUGGCAACUGGUUACAGAAGCAAUGUACCUACUUGGCUGAAGGGUUGUGAUUUUUUCACUAAGGACGGCAUGCCUAGAACGCCGUUUCCUAACGGUUGGAAAGGAGAGAACGGACUGUACACGGUUGGAUUUACGAGAAGGGGAAUUCUUGGAACGACCUCUGACGCCGUUAAAAUUGGUCAGGAUAUUGCAGAUCGUUGGAGGACAAUUCAGGACUUCAACAACACUUGUAAUUCCCAUGUUAUCCUACUCAGAAAACAUGAAUAAGAUUAGAAGAAAUUAAUUCGGAUAAUUUUAGACUAGUCUAGUCAAUCUUUGAGGGUUUGGUUUGUCCUUUUUGUUUUACUUUUUUGCCCCUCUUAUGGUUCUUUGUAAAUGCGCCAAUUUUGUUAGGGGUAGCAC